CAUGAUUGGUUGUUGAUUAAUGUCUGUAUGAUUCUGGUUAUCAUAUUAGUAAAAGUUUUCUUUUAAAUUUUUAUUAGUUUUUAACAACUUUUAGAAAACUAUAUUAAAAUUCCUUGUCAUAAAUUAAAUUAAUUUAAUUGAGUUGCCGACGCAAGGAGAAUCGGCUAUUGAAUAUGUUUAAAAACAAAGUGAAGAAAAGCGUAUCAAGAAAACGGCCUAAUUCAGAAAAUAUUUAUGGUGCUGGGUCUACAAAUUCAAAACAUGUACCUCCUAAGAAAAAAGUACGUGUUGCUAAGAUGUAUCAGGAAGAUGGUAUCACAAAAUCGAAAAAGCUAAUACAAAAAUUGCAAACAACUGGUGGCAAAUCAAGUACAAGAAAGCAACGCUCUGCAGUGGUGAGAAUUGAACCUAGAAUCUGUGGAAAUGGUAAGCCUAUGCCACCAUUAGCUGAACUUGAACUAAUGUUUGCAGAUUCUGAUGAAGAAAGUAAAACUCAAUCUAUGUCUAUACCAGAUGUAAAAUUAACUUCACCUACAACAUUAGAGAAAAUUACAAAUAAAAUAAUCAAUUUUGUUACAAAUGUACCUGAUUCUGUUACACUUAUUGAAGAUGACACUCCUCCACCACCAGUUAUACCACCCAAAAAACGGAAGAAACCUGAUGUUCCUUAUAUUGUGGGUUGUAAAGAUCGCCCAAAAGUCCCAUACAAGCCUUCGGUAAGUUUUAGUAAAGGUGAUGAUUAUGGAAUUAUUGAGAAUUCAGAAAACUCUGAUGACUGCCUUAAUAAACGAGCAAAAAGAACAAAAGGUAUGAAUUUUUCAAAAUCUGUUUUUAAUGCUAAAAGUGAUGAUAUUGCUGCAUGGUUAAAAGAUUGUGAAAAGGACAGUGAUGCUAGUUCAGACAGUGAUAAAACUGUAACAUAUGAAUAUAUGAGUUUUAUGCCACGUCCAUUUUCACCAUUACCAAGUACAUCUAAAGAUAAUAAUACUAUACUACAAAAUGACAAAAGAUUUAAUGAUAGUUUAAUGCAAGAAAAAAUAAAUAAUGAAUCUGAAAAUGAUGUUGAAGCAGUUGAACUGUCAUGUGAAACUGUCAUACUUGAUGAUGAUCUAAUUACAGAGCAGAAAACAAUUCCUGAAGUAAUCACAGUGGAUGAUUGUGAUGAUUAUGCAGAGAUAGUAGAACCUACCAGUAUAGAAAAUAAAAAACUUAAAAAUAUAGGUUCUACACUUCCAAUUGAUAUUGAUAAAUACAACUUUAACUUAAAUCUGAGUUGUGAAGAUAUUGUAGAGACAAUUGAUGUUGAUGAUGUCAUUGCCGAAAAUCAAGCCAUUAUUGAAAAAUUUUCUCAAGUUAAAAACUUACAUUCUGUUACUCAAGUUAAUCUUCGUGAACAAAACAAUACAGAUAAUCAAACAAUAACACUUAAUGAAAGUGUAACUUUAAAGAAAAAUAAUUCCAAUUUAAUAAAUGAAGAGUUGCAUUUAUCAAGUGACUAUAAUAUACAGAGUGUUCCUAAGGCAUCUAUUGUGAAUGAAUGUCAUAACUACACUUUAAUUAAUAAAAUAGUAAAAAACUUCUUUUCUGGGAAAAGUACCUAUAAUGUAAUUAAUGAAGUCAAUGGUGUUAGAGGACAGAAUAAAAUUGAUAAAGUAUUGGAUAGUUUUGCAACAUGGUUAGAAAAUUUUAAUUAUCGUAACAUUAUAAAUAAAAAUGGAACUCCUACUAUAUCACCUGGUCAUAUGAGUGAGUGCAUUGUUAAUAGUUCAUUACCCACAACAUCAAAUACUGACCUAGUUUUACAUUUACCAAUUCAAUUUGACAAUAACAAUAUUUCGUCAGUUAAUACUGUUAAUUACACAAACAAUUUGCAGAAUACAGUAACCCCAUUGACUAAGUUUAACCAAGUUCAUAACACAGUUAAUGCUUCCAUUAAGAAUAAUACUUCUAUUAAUUCAAUUAAUAUCAUAAAUACAACAAAUAUAGGCAAUAUUGCCAGAAGUGAUACCAUAACAUCUACUAUAAUGCCUAUGAACAAUAACACUUCUAUUCAGUCAAUUAAUCACAGAAAUACAUUGAAUGUAUGCAAUAUGGCCAGAGGUGCCACCAUAACGUCUACAACAAUGCCUAUGAACAACAACACUUCUUUUAAUUCAAAUUAUCGUAGAAAUACAACAAAUAUAGGAAAUAUUUCCAGUAGUUACACCAUAGCAUCUACUAUGAUGCCUAUGAACAAUAACAACAAUAACACAUCUAUUCAUUCAAUUAGUCGCAGAAAUAUAACAAAUAUAGGCAAUAUUGCCAAAAGUGACACCAUAACAUCUACUAUAAUGCCUAUGAACAACAACACUUCUAUUCAGUCAAUUAAUCACAGAAAUACAAUGAAUGUAGGCAAUAUUGCCAGAGGUGACACCAUAACAUCUGUAAUGCAAGAUAUUGGAACAAAAAGAAAAAAUAUCAGGAAUCGUAAAAAGCAAUUGCCUAUUUCAUCUACAUUCCCACAGCUACCAGCACAAACUACAGUAUUUCAAGCAAAUAAAAAAUCAAAUGGUAUUGGUGACUGUCCAAUAUGUAUGGACAGUCUUGCUAAUAAAUCAAUUGCAUCAACAUUAUGUGGACAUGUAUUUUGCAUGACAUGCAUAAAAGCUGCCAUCAAAGCAAGUAGUAAGCGAUGUCCAACAUGUCGAAAAAAUUUGAAAGGUGUUGGUUAUCACCAAUUGUUUUUAUAGUUAUUGUAUUGUUCAACUUUGAUUCCAGUAUCAUAAUUAAAUAAAGAUAAGUAAUUAUUUUAUCAUUUCAGAUAAUAAUAAUAUAUAUAUUAGUCCUUCUUUCAUACAAUAUAGGCCUUUCAAAUUAUAAAUAUCAUGACUGAAUAUACCAUGAAUAGACAAUAUUUUGUAGUCGUCAUCAGGAGUAUAUUAGUAGACAUUAUUGUCAAUAAUAUUUUGAUUACAAAAUAUGUUGAUUUUAAUUAUAUUAAUAGUUAAAGUUAUUAAAAUAUAUUGUAAGCACAUACAAGAUUCAUUUUGAAUUGAAACAUUGAAAGUUUACAUUUGGAAUAUGAUGUGGUAGUACUUGCUAUAAUUUUUGUGCUUUAUAAAUAUUAAAUUUAAUGGUAUGCUGACAGCAAAAUAUGUUGGUUUAAAAAAUAAUUGGGCCUUUAAAAGUUAUCAAAUUUUAUACAACUGUACAAAUUCUAACUUGCUGGUGUAGUGAUUAUGACUGAUUCACUUUCUAGUAGUUGCAGGUUCAAUCCAUUCUUGAUGCAAACAUUGUAUUCCUCUAUAUAAUUGUAACUUUUUUAUGUUUCUGCUUGGGAUGGUGCUGUGUGUAUAUAAAAAAUAUUGAUGGUACUUAUAACUUAUACCUUAUAUCAUUUAAUAAUGUAAGAAUACACAUGAUAUAGAAUGUAUGUCUAGAAUCUAUUAUUUCAUAAUUUUGGUACAAUUUGUGCUAAAUUGAAAUUAACCCCUAUAAUGAUAACAAUCAUUUGGGGCAUAAAAAGUCUUAUUGAUAAAGUAAACAUUUUUCUGACACUAUGUUUUUAGUGCUCUAGUUUACCAAAGAAUAUACAGGAUAUUUUGUAAUAUUGUGAUUUGAUUACUAGACUUGUAAUUUAUGUAUAGCACAUUUAUAUAUUUACUUACAUAUUAAGUUCUUUAUUUCAGUGAUAAUU